UACGCGCACGAUAAAAUAUUACACGAAGUCAUGGAAAUUUCAAGUCCAUAUCUUAAAACUUCUUUACCACCUGUACAGGGCUAUACGUUUAUAUGCAUCGCGACCAAUCGUAUCGUGUGGGUGCGUAAAUGCCGCAUAUGGGCAUAAUUAAUACAAUAUUUACACUACGGACCGAUGACAUUGGGCCUUUUUUUUUUUUUUUUUUUAGUGAUUUAUAGCUUUUGUUUUUUCAAUCGUAAUUUUCAACAGUAUCGAUCUAAUUAGUUUAACGCCAUCCAUGUAAUAUUAUGAUAGGCACCCGCGUAAUGUUGGUCAUCGCUGUGAUCCGUACUUGAAUAUCGUCGAAAAACCAAGAACAAUACCUCAUAAGUCAUAACCGACUGCUAUUGAACGGUCUGCGGCUUACGAGUUACGAUAUACUUCAACAUAACGCACUAUAAUAUAAUAUAGGUAUAUCUACAUAAUAUUAUAUUCUAUUCAAUAUUAUACAGUUUUCGGAUUGGGAGUCUCUCGAGUGGGUUGAUCUAAAUGAUCAUUAUUGACGAUGAUAACGAUAGACACCAAAAUCGAUGUGAAAAAAUGGAGGUGAACGAUAAUAAUUUAAGAUCUCAAUACACAAUAGGCAGCAACGACUUUAUACUUGUAGACGAAGUCGGAGAAAGACCUAAGAAAAAUGUGAAAGAAAAAUUUCACGAAUUCUCUUCGUGUCUGAACAGUAAUUCAAAGACGGUGUUCACAUACAAGACAAUCACCAAACGACUGCCGAUUUUACAAUGGUGGCCGACAUAUUCCACAGCCGACUGUAUCGGAGAUCUUCUGGCGGGUAUCACGGUCGGUCUGACGCUCAUCCCGCAAUCGAUGGCCUAUUCCGCUCUGGCUGGCCUACCGCCGCAACAAGGUCUUUAUGGUUCGUUCGUCGGCAGUUUGAUGUACGUCUUCCUGGGCACCUGUAAAGAAGUACCCAUGGGGCCGACGGCCAUCGUAUCGCUAAUGACGUACAACACGCUCCACGGACUUGGACCCGUGUACGGCACGCUGCUGUGUUUCUUGACAGGUGUCAUCCAAUUAAUAAUGAGCGUAGUGGGACUAGGCUUUUUGAUCGAUUUCAUUUCCGGACCAGUGAACUCGGGGUUUACGUCGGCCGUCGCGAUACUCAUCGUCGCGUCACAAAUCAAAGACUUGAUUGGCAUCAAAGCCGCAGGGACAACGCUAUUGGACAUGGUAAUAUCAAUAUCCAAAGACAUCAAUCAUUUUCAACUUGGUGACACGUGGCUAGGGAUAAUUUGCAUCGUCGUUAUUCUUCUGUUGAGGAGAAUGGCUCUUUGUCAAAUCGGGCCGAAAGAUGUGAAAGAGCAGACCACGUUUCACAAAAUCAUGAACCGAUCCAUGUGGCUGAUCGGUACAUUCAGAAAUUCUAUAGUGGUUAUCGUUAGCAGUUACGUGGGUUACGUGUACAUAACUUCGUCUGGACACGACGUGACCUCCAGCGAGAUACCACCUAUACCGUUCAAAGUGGUCGGUAAAAUACCAUCGGGCUUGCCAGAAUUCGAUCUGCCGAAGUUUAGCAUCACGCGAGAUAACGGAACUACAGUAGGAUUCUUUGAAAUGGUCUCGAACAUAGGUUCCGGAGUUAUAGUGUUACCGAUAAUUGCGCUUAUCGAAACCAUUUCCAUAUGCAAGACUUUUGCUGACGGAAAGCCUGUCGACGCCACACAGGAGUUAAUGGCGACCGGUCUUUGCAACAUCGGAAAUUCGUUUUUCCACGCGUAUCCCGGCUCGGGGUCUUUUUCCAGGAGUGCCGUGACCGCAGCUAGUGGAGUUCGAACUCCGAUGGAGGGUUUAUACGCCGGUAUUUUGGUCAUCGUUGCCUUGCUUUUUUGUACGCCCUAUUUGUACUACAUACCAAAAGCGGCUCUCGCAGCGAUCAUUAUUGCCGCGGUCAUAUUUAUGGUUGAAGUGCGCGUAGUCAGGCCUAUCUAUAGAUCGAAAAAAAGUGACCUCAUACCAGGUUUGGCGACAUUUUUCGCUUGUUUGGUUUUACCUCUGGAAAUAGGAGUUUUAAUAGGUAUUGGAUUGAAUUUGGUUUCGAUUUUAUAUCACGCGGCAAGACCAAAACUGUUGAUCGAAGUGCAUAAGACACGGGACGGCAUAAACUAUUUGAUGGUCACUCCAGACAGAUGUUUGGUUUUCCCGUCGGUCGAUUAUGUGAGAAAUUUAGUGAUGAAACAAAGUUUGAAACGAGAACUUCCCGUGGUCAUCGACUGUUCCCACAUAUAUGGCGCGGACUUUACCGCAGCAAAGGUUAUCGAGAUGUUAACACAAGACUUCUCGAAAAGAGGACAAGCUUUGUUUUUCUACAAUUUAAAACCAAGCGUAGUAGCUGUGUUCGAAGGAGUCCAACCCAAAGGUUUCAUAACGUAUUAUCAUAGACAUGACUUAGAUCAGUUGUUCCAAAGAUGGAAGCACCAACGUCAACAAAUCGAAAAUUCAUCGGCAGACUGACAUUCAGAGUUCAAAAUCUGCAAGGGGCAUUUUUUUGUCUGCUAAACAACAAAAUUAAAAAAGAUCUUAUGAAUUAUAUUUAUAAUUUUAAUAUUGGUUCACAGCUAUAUAUACAUCCACUCAUGUCUUAAUUACAUUGACAACAUUGGUAUACCUAUUUAUACUAAUUAUUUAAUUAUUUAUGAUUCUGUACUUCCGUAGUGAAUUUUAAUAUUUUGUUUGAUUUAUUUGAACUAGACAAUAUAAAUCAUUAUUUUUAAGCAGACGACA